AAUGGCCUCUGUGUGCUCGGUCUGGCCAAGCGCCAGCUGCGGGCAGUAGGGACGUGUCUUUCCAGGUAUGAGCUAACUGUCUGGAAGUCACUACGUUUCAGAGAAAACGUUAGACGAAGAAUAGCUAGAAAGUCUACUGAUUUCCAUAAAAUGAUGUUGUAAAAUACUCAUAACUUGUUUGACGAUAUGCGGAAAGCUGGAGUUCAACUUGGAGCUUGUACUUUGGAGCCCCAAUCAGACAUCGGAAAGGUAUAAAUAAACAGGUCGUACAGGAUCAGACAUUCUCACGUCUGUCUGACUCCGUCACUAUGUGGAUACUCGUCGCCUCUCUGAUAUUAGGCCUUCAGACUGUGUCUGGCCAGAGCACUAUAAGAUGGUGCGCAAUCUCCGCUCAAGAGAUGACCAAAUGUAACGCCAUGGCGCAGGCCUUCAGCAGUGCGGCCAUCCGUCCGAUUAUCCAAUGCGUCAGCGACGUGUCUGUGGAAGGAUGCGCGCAGAAGAUCGGGAAAAACCAAGUAGAUGCCUUUUCAAUGAGCGCUAAGGAUAUCUACAAAUUGGGGGAAGAAACAAACUUCAAAAUAGCUGCAGGAGAGACUUCUGCUGAUGGAGAGGGCACCACCUACUAUGCGGUUGCCGUGGUGAAGAAGAUGAAGCCGGACAUCAACAUCAACACACUGAAGGGCAGGAAGACAUGUCACACAGGGAAGGGACGUACUGCCGGCUGGAACAUGCCCCUGGGAUACCUCAUCGACCAGAGCAAGAUGUCUGUCAUGGGCUGUAACAUCCCACAAGGCGUGGCAGAUUUCUUUAAUGCCAGCUGUAUCCCUGGGUCACGGGGAGACCCUCCCUCCCUUUGCCAGCUGUGUAAAGGCAACAGCGAUGGACAGUUCGUAUGUGACAGCACUGACAAGGAGAGAUACUACGCUUACAAUGGGGCCUUCAGGUGUUUGGCUGAAGAUGCAGGAGAGGUGGCAUUUGUAAAGCACACCACAGUUAUGGAGAACACAGACAGAAACGGUGACCCUGCCUGGACCGCUGGGCUGUGGUCUUCAGACUACGAGCUGUUGUGUAGAGACGGAACCAGGGCCCCUGUGAGAGAACACCGCCGGUGCCACCUGGUCAGGGUGCCAGCCAGGGGCAUCGUGGUUAAAUCUGACAUCAGUGGCACUGUGGUCUAUAACAUGUUGACAGAAGGACUGACAAAGUCAGGUUUCCCCAUCUUUCAGUCGGGCGAGUUAGGCAGCAAUUUGUUGUUCAGUGAUUCGUCCACAAAGUUCCUGCGGCCCGAGUAUGAUGAUCCUAAGGCGUGGAUGGGCUCCAUCUACUACAACACUCUCAAAGCCAUGGACUGCAUCCCAGCAGAGCUGCCCCAGUCCCUGCGUUGGUGUGUGUUGUCCAGCGAUGAGCAGCAGAAGUGUACAGACAUGGCCGAGGCCUUCAGUGCCAAGUCUCUGGUCCCCAAUAUCCAGUGUGUGAUGGGAUCUUCAGUGGACGACUGCAUGAAGAAGAUCCAGAAUAAAGAGGCAGAUGCCAUCACCCUGGAUGGAGGUUACAUCUACACAGCAGGGAAAAGCUACGGCCUGGUGCCUGCUGCUGGGGAGAGCUACACAGGGGACAGUGAUGGCAGUAUCUACUAUGCUGUGGCAGUGGUGAAGAAGUCCAACAGUGACAUCACCACGCUGGAGAACCUGAGGGGGAAGAGCUCCUGUCACACUGGCUACGGCCGUACUGCUGGCUGGAACAUCCCCAUGGGUCUGCUCAUAGAGAAAGGUCUCAUCAGACCAGCUCAUUGUCAGAUACCACAAGCUGCUGGAGGUUUCUUUAAGAACAGCUGUGUCCCUGGUGCCAAUCAGCCUGGUUUCCCUGGCAACCUGUGUGACCUGUGUGUGGGGGACAACAAAGGGCAGAACAAGUGUGAGAAAGGCAAGGACCUGUAUGACGGAUACAAUGGAGCGUUCAGGUGUUUGGCCACGGGAACUGGAGAGGUGGCCUUCAUCAAGCACACCACUGUCUUCCAAAACACUGAUGGUAAUUCAGGUGAGUCGUGGGCCAUUGACCUGCAGUCUAAGGACUUCCAACUGCUGUGUCCCCACGGCUCCAGGGCAGAGGUCACCCAGUACGCCCACUGUAACCUGGCCCGCGUCCCCUCCCACGCCGUUAUGGUACGGCCCGACACCAACAUCUACGCCCUCUAUGGCCUGCUGGACAAAGCACAGGAGUACUAUAGUAGUGACACGGGUUCAGAGUUCAAGAUGUUUGACUCGUCUAAGUACCAGGGCUCUGACCUCAUCUUCAAAGACUCCACUGUCAGCAUGAUCGGAGUGGCUGAGAGGAAGACCUAUGACAAGUGGCUGGGACAGGGCUACAUGGACUCACUUACCAACAUGGAGUGCAACUCCUCUGCUAAAGCACUGUCUUCCCUGCUCCUGGUGGCUCUGAUGAGCUCCAUAUUCCUCUGGGUGUAAGAAGCCAUGUCCUAACCCAAACCAGCCCCUGUCCAAGUUCCAGCCCCAACCCAGCCCCCCUGUCCAAGUUCCAACCCAGCCCCCUGUCCAAGUUCCAACCCAG